CGGCUGCCAAACUGUAUCCGUCGAUCAUUGUAUCGUUAUCGAUUGUACUUCGUAACGUAUUUUCCACAAUUGAAAACAAGUAGGCGACGGCGACGACAAGUGAGUUACAGCUUCAAGCAAUAAACAAUUUAACUCGAAUUUGCAAAAAUAUGGAACUAGAUAACAUAAAGGAUGUGGCCACGGCACGCAUAUUGUUGCUAGGGGAUGUUGGAGUGGGUAAGUCAAGGUUAACGGAUUUGCUGGCCAGUAGCGCUGAUACGCCCACAGCUUCAACAAGAACUGUGGGGGAUGUUUGGUGGAAUGUCCAAGUGCGUCUGCAUGAAUAUCCACGUUACUUUGGUAUGCCACCCACGCCGGAAUGGACCUCGUCCUCGUCACCCAGCUCCUCCACACACAGUGCCCAGCAUCUGAGUUGCUUUGAGCGCUCGCUGUACCAGCCGAAGUCAGCUACCUGUGAGCUCUUGCCAUAUUUUGUGGAAUUUUAUGAUUUAAAAGGCGCGCUGCGUUUGCCGCGCGAGCACAGAAAUAUCCUAUAUCGCAAUAUUGAUGGCAUUAUAUUGGUGUACGAUCUUUUAGAUAUGAGCACGCAUGAUCAUCUGCACGAUUGGUUGUAUGAGCCGCUGCGUCUGAUCUGUCGCCAUCGCCAUAAGCGCGAGCGACCCAUUUUAAAGCGUCGUCAUGUGCCUAUUCUUGUGGUGGGUACCAAAAUGGAUCUGUUGAAUACGCGGCGGCUGCGCCGCUCGGGCGGCAUAGCCGAUCAGCUAAACGCCGAAGAAAUAUUAAUUAAUUGCUUAGAUCAGAACAGCUUUUCUGCAAAAUCUCGCAACGAAGGCAAACUACAAACGUUUCUCAACCAUGCCAUCGAAUUCAAGCAGAAUUUUCCAGCAAGACGCCACUGAGAAUCUACAUGCUCUUAU